GUACUUGGUCUCCGACUGAUGACGUAUCACGAGUACACGUGAACGCAAGUACGCCAAGUACGUACGAGACAGCCCCUAUGUUUGUUCCUUUCAUUUUAUAGGGCUUUGGAGCGUGACGUCGCGGGAGGGGGUGUGGACAGGAGUUUUGGUUGAGGCGCCAUUUAUGUAGGCCAUACAAAGUGCUAACAAUUGAGAGAAGCGAAAGCACACGAAUAACAUCAGCUAUGGUUCGUACUUGCUGUGUGAUCGGUUGUAACGUUAGAUCGCACGACCGGCAAGGGAAUAAGCUUGGAAAUGGGCUCUCUUUUCAUUCUUUCCCCACCUGGAGGCAACACGAGGGAGAUAAGGUAUCGGAUGUUACCAAAAGAAGGCGUCUAGCCUGGAUAGCAGCUGUGCGACGAGCUGAUAUCCAGUUCUCUAGCAUCCCCAGAUAUCUGUUGGUGUGUUCCAGACAUUUUCAUUCGGGCAAACCAGCCUAUGAAAUGGAUGAAACAAAUCCUGACUGGGUUCCAACGCUACACAUGGGGCACUCUGAAAUCCCUGCUUCAAGCUUGGACCGGCACCGACGGCGAAUGCAACGAAAGCAACAAAGAGCAGCAGUCGAGGGAAAAUGUUACCUCCCCACUACCAAGAUAGAAAAAAUGCUCUCACUGUCCGGCUUUCGUAAUGGAGCAGCAGAGCCUGAAGGUGAGGCCUGCGCAGAAGUUGCAGAUGAAGAGCUGCCAGAGAUGGACACGACAAAAGACCAACACCAUAAUCACCACGUGAUGGAGGCUGAGGUAGUAGCAGCAGAUCAGCUGGGCUAUGACCGGCCCCCACCAAAGAAAAGAAGAAAGCUCACUCAGACCACUGUGAGUCAGACAGCUUCCAGCAACACAAACAAAGACACAGAAUCUUUACCUGACUGCGCAGUGGCACCUUCAGUCAUCUUAGACCAGGCCACCAUCUCCGAACAACCCCCUGAGCCACAUCUGCACUCAGUCCACACACAGUGGGAGGAUCCUUCGCAACAAGAUCACCAAUACUGCAGCAGGUCUCCCAGAAAAGAAGUGCAGGAUAAGAUGACUCAGUGUGAUGAAGUCGCAUAUUUCAUUCUUCAAAAUGAUGCAGACGCUUUGCUGUACACUGGAAUACCCUUGGAAACAUUUAACACUCUUGUGUCGACACUGGAAGGAUAUGACAACAAUGAAUUUACAAUGCCUGUGCGAGAUCAAGUCCUCAUGACUCUUAUGAAAUUAAAGAGUAACCGUGUAAUAGGUGACCUAAGCCGCCAGUUUCAUAUAUCACAGAGCAUGGCCAGCAAGAUCAUCUUACACUGGUUGGACAAACUGGAGGAAGUUUUCCGGCCAUUAAUUCCAUGGCUGCCAAGAGAAACUAUUCAAGCAACUAUGCCUGCAGCCUUCAAGAAGACCUUUCCAAAUACUACAUGCAUUAUAGACUGCAGUGAGACCCUUUUACAGAAACCCAGAAAUCUGGGCUCAAGAAGGCAAUCGUACAGCCAUUACUACUCACACAACACAGUCAAAUAUUUGGUUGCUGUUGCACCGUCUGGUCUAAUCAUGUUUGUGUCUGCGGCAUAUGGCAGUCAAUGUAGUGACAAAUUUAUCACAAUGGACUCUGGAAUAUUAACAUACCUUAAACCUGGUGAUGAAGUCAUGGCAGAUGGAGGUUUAACAAUAAAAGACUUGCUCUUUGAGAGAGAAGUUGGAUUAGUAAUACCCUCUUUCACAAAAAACCGUGGACAGCUAACCGAGGAACAGGUAACAGACACGCGUCGGAUUGCAAAUGUAAGAAUCCAUGUUGAACGAGCAAUCAGACGUUUGAAAGUCUACAAAAUACUCUCACAAAUUGUUCCCAUAAGCAUGGCUCCAAAAAUAGACAAGAUUCUGAGGAUAUGUGCUGCUCUAGUCAACUUACGAGAGGAUCUCAUCUGUGAUACAGAAUAACUGUGUAUGUUGUAAACAAGCGUAAACUCAGGAAUAUCAAGGUCGUUACCCAAUGUCAUUUUAUUUUAAGGUAGAAAUUUGAUGUACAUAUUUGGAGAGAGUAAAUAAUUCCAGGUCUCCCUUUUUUAUCUUCUGUUCUGCACGAUGUAAAUAUUUCUGUUGAAGAAAGGUUUUGUGAUUCAGUACACAUAUAGUGCAAUCAACUGAACAAUGAUUACUUUUUUUAUUCA